CGAGCUAUUAUGUUUUCAUAAUUAAUUAGUUUGAGACUAAUUUUUCUCUAUUAUUAGAAGGUAAGAUUUAUGCUUUUGUGACAUCUUUAAAUAGAGGUUGUUUUGCCUACAGGUUAGAAAAAUUUUGAUCAACUAAAAACUCUUAAAUAGUGUUCAUUCUUGAAACUCUUUCUAUCCUUCUUAGUCUGUUUGCUGCGGAAUUGUGCUGUAUAGAAGGAAUUGUGUCUGCGCCUUCUGAAGCUGUGGUGGAUUGAACGGAAGGAAUGAACGCAGUGGGGUCAGAUUGCCUGAUUCCGGGAGAAGGAGAGGCAAAAGGCCUCGUUUCUGGAGAACGGAGAAAAGAAACUAGGUCGCAACCUUCAAUUUUCGAGGCGGAGGGUAGGAAUCGCCUCAAUAACUGGAGAUCGAAUUGCGGCGGCGUUUUGCUCGAGGAUCAUCGCGACGAGAUGGGAGGAAUUGACAACGAGCUUCCGGUGUCGCCGGUAGCUGGAGAUUCUGGUGCAGAAGGAGGAACAAGGCAGGGGAAUUACAGCGGUUUGGCCGGCGAAAUGGAGACGGAUUCGUCCUGUAUCGGGAAUCAGGCGCCGAAGGGACCGCAGCUGCAUUUCGCGUUGGAUAGCGGAGAGAUGGCUUACCGCGCGAGACCUGUUCUGAUUGUGAAGGAUAUCGGCGAGCCGGACGGCGGCCAGGCGGCGGGAAGCGGCGGAGAGGGACAGGGGAGGAUGCAACGCCGGACGGUGAUUCUGGCGGGAAUGUGCCACAGCAGGGUGCCGGUGGUUUGCCUUUACGAUUCGCUCCGUUUGCCAUUCGACUGAAACGCAGAGUUUCUUGUAACGCUGUGGUUGGUUGUCACAGUUUGACUUGUACAACAAGAAAGAAAGAUAGAUAAAUAAAUAAAUAAUACGAAAGAGGAGAAGAUCCCCAAUGAAUGAUACUUGAAAUC